GCGCUGUUCUGUUUCUUUUGCCUUGUAAAGUAAGCCGAUGUCUCUUUUCCUCUGUGAGGUGAAAGGACACAGAGCAACAAGCCAAGAUGACAACAUUAAGACCCUUUAACUGCGAUGAUUUAUUUAAAUUCAACAAUAUAAACCUGGACCCAUUGACAGAAACUUAUGGGAUCCCCUUCUACCUGCAGUACCUGGCUCACUGGCCGGAGUACUUCAUCGUUGCUGAGGCUCCUGGUGGGGAACUCAUGGGCUACAUCAUGGGGAAGGCGGAGGGAUCUGUGGGGCGCGAGGAGUGGCACGGUCACGUCACCGCUCUGUCUGUGGCCCCCGAGUUCAGGAGACUCGGCCUCGCGGCCAAACUCAUGGAGAUGCUGGAGGAGAUCUCAGAGAGGAAGGGGGGCUUCUUCGUGGAUCUGUUCGUGCGAGUCUCUAACCAGGUGGCGGUGAACAUGUACAAACGUCUGGGCUACAGCGUCUACAGGACGGUGAUCGAGUAUUACUCGGCCAGCAACGGAGAGCCUGACGAAGACGCUUACGACAUGAGGAAAGCUCUGUCCAGAGACACGGAGAAGAAGUCCAUCGUCCCGCUGCCACAUCCCGUCAGACCAGAGGACAUCGAAUAACACCGUGGCUCUGACGCUCUUUAUAUGGAAUUACAGCUCAGUGACGUUGUACAUAGUUAACUGUCAGUGACUCUUCAGGGCAGAGCGCCGCGCAGAGCGCCGCGCAGAGCGCCGCGCAGAGCGCCACAUGAUCCAGCACACGCCCUCUACAUUCUAAAGGAACCUUUUCUUAACAAAUAACACAGCAGGCCCGUUUGAACAGAUGUUUGUAUAAUGCAGAAAACAAACAAUAAAGAUCGCUCAUCAGC